UGUCCACCUGAUCCACGCAUGGAGAAAUAGAUCUCAGUGGCUAUUAUAAAGAGAUACAACAUCAUCGUUUACAAGAUCCUGAACUCUGAGAAUUCAAGUCCCCUCUUUUUUUUUUUGUUCAGAAACCGCUCCAUGGAUUUUCAGCACCAACAUGAAGCCAUGGCCGGAAUCUCAGCCUUAAUAUUCAUUUUCUGGGUCUUAGAAAAGAAAAAAGGAGAGAUAAAAUGAGGCCCCGUAAUCUUCCGGUGGGUUGGCCGCCUUCCUCUUGUUAUAAAUUCGACGUUUCCAUGGCGAACCGUAGCCUCUCUGUCGAGCAAAUAUGACCCCCAACUGUGAUAAAGCUUCCCGCCAAAAUAUAAAACAAAGAAGAAAUGAUAUGGGAAAGGAGAAGGGGAGAAAAGGUAACAAAGUCAGUAGUCUGCCCUCGCAAGCUUGUCGUCUUCAUUUCUGUCUCUGUUAAUGUGCUGGAAACGGACCAUGUAAGGCAUACUAGGGUCCCGUCCUACAGUCAUGGUAAGCACUGCUGAGCUCGCCAAGGAAUGCUUCACAUAAACUCCUAGGCUACGGAUAAGUUGCCUUCGGGUUUGUACCCAAUGGCAUGAGUCGCGUAAGCUCGCCCUUCUCCACCCUCUGCAUCAACCUUUUGUAGAACGGGCGUAGAUCAGCGGUGCACACAUGCAUGAGGGAGAUGUACGACCUGUUUGUCCAGAACAGAAUGUCUCCUGUGAAAGUGACAAUAAGUAUGCAUUUGAGGAGUCUGAUAUUUUGUGUUAUGGAAAAGAUGGUUACCGGGAAACGGAGUUCUAGAGGUCACGAAGAUGAGGAAGGGCGGUCGUUAUGGGGGGUGGUGAAGGAGAUGUUACUGUUUUUCGCUUAUGCACCUUCUCAUGUUCAUUUUUAUGAUUUAUUGACUCUCUUGGAGCGAUUUGAUUCGCAGGACCACUUCAAAGCCGUGAGAAGAGUUGGGAGAGAGCUUGAUUUAGUCUUAGCGGGCUUACUGGUGGAGCUUCGCCGAAAACACAAUCCUGGAGAUAGUUGCAGUGAACCUCAGGAUUUCAUUGAUGCAUUGCUUGCAGCCAUGAGUAAAAUGGAGAAAAUUUCAACAAGUUAUAUCACCGAUACAACAAUCAAGGCCAUAUACCCCUUGCUAAUUAUAGCAGGAAAAGACAGCAUAUCAAUCGCAUUAGUUUGGUUCUCUCCUUACUUCUAAAUCACCAAAAUGUCUUGAAAAAAGGUCGACGAAUCAGACAUCGAAAUCUUGAAAUAUUUGAAUGCCAUAAUCAAACAAACAUUGCUGCUCUACCCACCCGGCCCCUUCUUAUUUCCACACGAAGCAAUGCAAGAUUGCCGUGUCGGAGGCUAUCGGGUUCGGGCCGGAAAGUUUCCUGUUCGAGAGACCUCCUUAACCAUAAACUGUUCUCAUUUCAUUUGGUUUCCUUCUAUUCAAUCAAUGAUUGAUCGAAAAUUGUGUUUCACCCACCGACUAUCUUCGUGGUAGCAAGCUUUCCUGUGAGGAAAGGCGCCACGCUAACGGUGAAUGUAUGGAAGAUACAGAGGGAUCUAUGUCUCUGGCCAAAUGCUGAUGAUUUAUGUGAGCAUGGUGCUGGGUCUCACAGAGAGCAUUCAUUGGCAACGAUAUUGUGCUUGUGUUUGAUCCAAUUGUAUUACUAUCGUGUAAUUCUUCAUGUAUUAGUUUGCCAGUGUUGCAAAUAUUACGAAAUCCUAAUUCUACCUUUACGAAUGAAUUUGAUGUAUCUCUUACCCAAAUGUAAUAGAGACAAAUAAAGCAGAAGUCUG